AUAUCGCCUUUGAAUAGUUGCGUCCGACUUUUACCCAAAACUCGAAGAAGGGAAACCAUCAAAAUCUCGCCCUAGAGAGAGAAAAACCUUUGAUUUUCCCUCUCUUUCCCAUCUCCUUCACUGUUGUAAGGGCUGUGCUCCCGCGCCACCUCCAUUGAAGAAGGGUUAACAAAAUUGCCAAGUGAGAUGAACAUGGUUGAGCCGAGUGAGGCAAUCAUGGUGGAGCCCCUAGCAUCAUCUGAACCUAGUGGAGAGGACCCACGAGUGGGUAUGCAGUUUGAGUCCCCUGAAGCUGCUUAUGAUUACUAUAAUGAAUAUGCAAAACGGAAGGGCUUCAGUGUUCGUUGUUAUUCGACAAAGCGAUCAAAGAAAGAUGGUAGAGUUAUCACUCGUGAAUAUGUAUGUUCAAAAGCGGGUUAUCGGGAUAAGACACGUGAGAGCAAUCGGACUCGGCCCCUUUCAAGGCUAGGGUGCAAAGCUAUGCUAAGAAUAAAAAAAGAUGAUUCUGGUAUAUGGUUCAUUGCAAAACAUGAGAAGGAGCAUUGUCAUGCCUUGACUUCACCAUCCAAAGUCCAUCUCCUUCGAUCACAUCGUAAAUCUCUAGAGACCAAAAGAGAAGUGACCGGUAUGUGUAAUUCAUGUGGCUGUGGCAUAGGUGCCCCAAAGAUAGUGAACGUGCUUAGUACAGAUGUUGGUGGGCAAAGAAAUCUCAAUUUCAUUGAGCGAGAUUCUAAUAAUGAAAUCCAUAGAAGUCAAAGAAAAUCACAUUUGAGUGUAGGGGAUGUAGAGGGGUUAAUGGAAAUUUUUAUUUCUAAGGUUGUGGCGAACCAAUUAUUUGCAUACAAGAUCGAUGUUGAUCGCGAUGGGCACCUGACAAAUGCUCUAUGGUUGGAUGCAAAAUCUAGGAUAUCAAGUGAGUUCUUUGGGGAUGUCAUUCUAUUUGAGAAUACAUACAAAAUCAAUGACUCUGAGAUGCUUUGUGCCCCAAUUUUGGGAGUAAACCACCACAUGAAUAUCAUUAUCUUAGGAUGUGCGUUGCUAUAUGGAGAGCAUGAGGAAUCCUUUACAUGGUUGUUCACAAAGUGGCUUGAGGUGAUGAAUGGGCGCCAACCCAAGGCAAUUUUCACAAACCAGGACAAGGCAAUAGCUCUUGCAAUAAAAAAGGUGUUCCCCGAGGCCCGACAUCACUUGUGUAGGUGGCAUAUUACACAAGAGUUUGAGAGAAAUUUUGGCCAUGUUGAGGGUAGAUAUACAGCAUUCCAUGAGGAUUUUUACAGGUGCAUUGACCAUUGCACCACAAUUACGGAAUUUGAAGAUAGGUGGUCAAACAUGAUCGAAAGAUAUGAUCUAAUGAAUAAUGACUGGUUGCAGUACAUAUAUGAAAUCCGACAUCAAUGGGUAUAUAUAUAUUCACAAGAUGCAUUCUUUGCAGGCUAUACGACCAAUGAGAGAAGUGAAUCCAUUAAUAGAGAAAUCAAGGAUCUUGUAGAUUCCCAUACCAACUUGACUCCACUUGUUGCCCAGUUGCAAAAAUUGAUUGAUCAAAAGUUUGACAAUGAGAACAUAGAAGACUUAAUUUCUCGCGACAAAAGACCGGCUAUGAAGACUGGGACUCGCAUGGAGAGGCAGAUGGGUCAAAUUUACACCUUGAAAAUUUUUACAGAGUACAUUCAGCCAGAGUUGGUGAGAUCCAAUGAUCUUAUAUGUGAAGUGCAAGAGGAAGAUGGGGUGGCAUGUACUUGUAGUUUGGAAGAAUAUGGAGUCAGUAGCCUGCUGCAAACAGUUGUAUUCAACGGCACUGAGAAGAAAGCAGCAUGUUCUUGCCAUCUAUAUGAGCGCAUGGGUAUCCCAUGUGCUCAUAUGCUUAGGGUGUUCUCCUUGAAAAAUAUCCUAGAGUUACCCCAACACUAUAUAAUGACACGAUGGACGAAGGAUGUGACAAAAGGCUUAGCUCUUUAUAAUAAUGGGGAUCAAAUACGAGCUAAUGAGGAGGCCUAUUAUGCACGUUAUGAUGAUCUAGGUCGAUGGGCCAACAUACUAUCAAUGCAUGGGGCAGUGAGUAUGGGUGUAUAUGAUUAUGCAAAGAAGGUUCUGCAAGAGGCUUGCGAUAAGGUUGUUGCUAGAGCAGACAUGGAAAAGAUUACCAUACGACAUGUUGCAUCUACCAAUGCUGUCACUACUUCGACAAGUACUCCCAUGCUUUUUGUGGAUCCCACCUCCUUGUAAACUUUCCAAUUCCCAUAUGACUGUAGUUAUCAAUAUGUGCAAAGCUGAAGGGACUACAUUCCAAUGUGAGAUUUGAACCUUAAUAUGAGAGGAUGAGUAAGAGAGUGCAAUGGAUGCCUGUCAUUGGUCAUGACAGGCAAAAUUGACCAUCUAUAUGUAGCACUUGGUAUGAUUAGCCGUCAUCUAUACUUGUGAGUUUUGAUUUCUCAAGCCAGUUAAAGUACUGCUUCAUGGUUAGUCCCCUCCAUAUGAGUACCAAUGUGGGUUUCACAAUAAUAUGGGGUAUAUUGAUUUUCUUGUAUGUUGUGAAUCUGGUGACUGAGAAUGUUUGUGCUCUUAAUAUUUGUUCAUAUGAUGUUGUGAAUCAUAUUGCCGAAAACUUCAUUACCUCACUGUUAAUUUUUUAUAUUCUGGUUCAGGUUUGAAGCCAAUGGGAGUAUCAGUGACCCCAACCAUGCUUCUCAUAGGAGUAGAAACAAGUCAGAAUCUUUUGAAGGGCCUUGUAUUUAUAGUUUUUGUAGCAUAAUGUGAUGUUUGGAUCUUCCCACGGACUUGAUUAAGCUUUGGUUUUAUGAUGGAUUAAGCUUUGACAAUUCCAUUUUCUUUCGUCUCUCUUUUUUGUGCAGUAUUUUUUAUUGGGUUCCCUACCCAUCUCUGUAUAUUGGAAUUAUGUGCAGUAUUUGGAUAUUGGAAGUUUUACAAAGGAAUUCUAGUUUGCUCCGGUUGUUAUGA